AUGCAGAUAAAAUUAUAUUUCAUAAUUUAUGGUACAUUAUUCAUUCCUCAUUUUGUUUCAGCUGAUAAAACCUGCCUGGAAAAACAGAAGCAGAUCCUCACCCUCCUCUACCGUCUGAACCAAAAUUCUGAAUUACCGGAACAUAUCGAGAUUGCGAAAAAUUUCUCUCCAUUUUGUGCACAAAACAUCACCCUUUAUUUGAAAGAAGGAGUUAUCGAGGAAUUCCACAAGUACUGGAGAUACGGCCCCCUUGCCAAAGGAGCGAUUUUUUCAAUUUUUGAAGUGAACCAUUUACAACAAGCUAUAGCUCUGAGUAGAUUGUUGUUCUUCGCCAAGGAUUACGAAAUAUUUUACAAAACAGCUUCGUGGGCCCGACAAAAUGUUAAUGAGGGUUUGUUCGUUUAUUCUCUCUAUGUAGCAGUGGUUCACCGUUCCGAUACCAAAGAAGUCAUGCUUCCACCACUCUAAGAAAUCACUCCUCAUCUGUUCUUCAGUGCUGAUGUUAUCAACAAGGCGAAAUAUUAUAAGCAAAUUCACGACUCGAACACGAACAAUCAAAGUAAUGGAUACAAGGGAUAUACAAUCGAUUCUGAUUAUUCCAGUAAUUAUUUGAACCAAGACGAUGAACAAUCUUCUCUGGCUUACUAUCUGGAAGAUGUUGGUGUGAAUUCCUUCUUCCGCGACUUUCACAACCACUUGCCGUUCUGGAUGAACGGUACAGAGUUCGGAUGGAGCUUCACUCUACUCAGAGGUCGCCUGUUCUACUUGUUUUACCAGUACAUUUGGGCCCGUUAUCAAUUGGAACGUAUCCCAUUGGGACUAGAUGAUAACGAAUACCUUAACUGGGAUUUGCCGGUAACCACCCCAUUCACCUCGAAUCUGGAAUAUCCCAACGGAAUCCCCUUCCCUAGUAGACCCAAGUUUGCCAAAUUGCAUGAAUACUUCUAUAAUUAUGGACAGUCUAGGUGGACUCAGAACUUUGCUGGAUUCAGCUAUAGUUUAGUGAAUGACUUCGAAAGACGAAUUGCUGAUGCCAUUGAAAGUGGCGCAAUAUGGAGUGAAUCGGAAAACAAGUUUGUGAAAGUGCAGUCCGAUGAAUUCUUGAACGUCCUUGGAAACCUAAUCGAAACCAAUCGGGAUUCACCGAAUUCCCGUUAUUACGGACCCAUAUGGUUCUUCGCACGAUAUCUUCUUGGUUAUUCCAUCCAGACCUGUGACCAGAACAAACUAGUUCCAUCCGCACUAGAACACUACGAAACCUCAUUGCGUGAUCCAGUGUUCUACAAACUCAUUAAGAAACUCGUUGUAGUACCAUUCCAGAGAUAUCUGUCUCGCAUACCGCCUUACACAGAAACCCAACUUUUGUUCCCAGGAGUGGAGAUAACCAAAGUCAAAGUGGAUCCUCUCAUUACCUUCAACGAACCUUUCUACUCCGAUUUGAUCAACUCUGUCUUCUACAAACCGAACGAACCCUACGGUGACUUCCUCGUGCGAAUUAGACAGAAUCGUCUCAACCAUGCUCCGUUUGAGAUCAAACUCAACGUCAAAUCGGACAAGCCGCAGAAAGCCAGCGUUAAGGUGUUGUUGGGGCCGAAAUAUGACAGUAAAGGACGUUCUAUUGGACUCUGCCAAGGCCGUCUUAACUUCGUCCUUUUGGACCAUUUCACCGCCGAUCUCAAAUCUGGAGACAAUAUCAUCAGUCGCAAGUCUUCGGACAACGAGUUCUAUGUUCCUGAUAAAGUAUCUUUCUCCGAAUUAUACAAAAAUGUGGAAGUGGCUCUCAAAGGUGAGAGAAAUUUCACUGUUGAUCUGAGACAAAAUUUGUACGGAUAUCCACAAAGGUUGCAGGUGUAUGCGAAUAAGCCACAAACCACAGCGGUUUUCAAAGCCAACAUUACCCAUGCCAUCGGUCAAAUUCAGCCUGAUUUAUGCGCCAGUGUCAUGGAAAAUUAG